AUGGAGGAGAGCACAAUGAAAGGAAAGGAACACCUUGGCCAUCGUCGAGCUAAGACCCUUCCGUGCAACAUAAAUAUGCAGGAGAGUGUACACACUACUGGUGCUAGCAAUGUCUCUGCCAUUCCCGCUCAGCAUCACAAUUUGGCCAGUCAAGUCGAGCAAGGGGCCAAGCCUGGGCAAUCUUUGAAGCAGCCUCAAGCAGUUGGCGAGGAGUUGCGGCGCCGCAUGAGGGACUAUCGUCGCAUGGUCCGUUGGAAGCCAUGGUUUGAAGCACAGCAGCUGUUCCUCAAAACCACUGGGGAGCAAUUUUCUGCUGCAAACCCAGGACAAGAGCCCAUCCUUGUGUCAGAACCAACUUGGUUGCAGCAGCACGCAGCUCUCUUGAGCGAGAAGGCCAUCCAGUCUGCACAGCAGGUCCCUUUCAAAGGAUACCAGCCAGCUUGGAAGGAAGAGGAUGAGGAGGUCGAGAACACUAGACCUGCACAUAAGGAACGCACCGACAAUGCGAAUCCGCCGCCGCUGGCAAGCUCCAAGCAAACUCUUGCAGAACACAUCGCCUACAAAAACAAAAUACCCCCUAAGCGCAGACAUUCCGAACCUGCAGUUCUUGUGUGUGUCCCUCUUGUCUGUUUUACAUUUACCAGCAGCUACGAGUUUGCCAACCAUAUCUUUGAUGCCACAUAUUACGUGGAUGAGCCAAACUGGGACACCAUCUUUGAUUUCGGAUACCUUGCCCUCCGGGAUAGACCUGUUGAUGAAUGGCCUCGCAUCUGA